GUGUGUACUUUCUUUGUAACCCUAGUACUAAUUAGAGUACUUCGCACCUAGUAAAUAUUUAAUAAGUGCUAAUUAAUUGUAUUUAAAUUUUAAGUAAAUAAGUAUAUCUAAUAAUAAUAAUAAAAGCUAAUUAACUGACUAUCUCUAAACUAACACGAUUUAUUAAUAGCAUACAAGCCAUCAAUGGAUACUUACUUGUACAAAAAGAGCAGAAGGGGAACUUUUAUUUAUCUUUGGGCCUCAAUGUUGGUCUGACUACAGGAAAUGAGGCUUACAUACAACCAUGACACAGGAAAUUGUCAAUCCACAUUAUAAACCAUUGACCCUGGUCCAAGCUAUUAAAAUGUUAUAUAGUUUUACACUGAUAUUAAUAAUAGUUUUAAAAAUAUUUUAUCUUCCCCCGAUUAUAAGUAAAAACAAUUUUUAAAUAUUUGUUUCUUAAAAUUUCAGGUUCUAAAUUCUCUCCCUUCCUCCCUCCCUACUUCCCCUUCCCCUGAGAUGAUAAACAGUCCAAUUUAAGUUAAAAAUGUGCAGUCAUGUGAAGCAUUUCCUUAGAUAUUUUGUGGAAGAAAACAACAACAAAAAAAGAGACAGAAAUGAAACAUAGUAUGAUUUGGUCAAUAUUCUGAGUCCAGGUAAUUUUUGCUUAAAGCCAAAGGUAGAACCUAGAAGCUGUAAUUACCCAAUCCCUUUUAUAUUUUGCUCCUUUAGAUAAAAUUUUCCUUUCUGAGUUUUGAAGUAUUUAGCUUUUAUUUUUAUUGCCUGCAAGUAGAAGUGAUAUUUAGGGUGAAUGACUUUCCUAAAAGAAACACUUUUUUUAUGUCUCCUGGUGAAAGCAGGUGUCUUCAUAUGCACUGGUGUAUCAACCUUUCCCUCUAUACCCCUUUACCUCUAGGAUACAAUGCUGAAUCUUCAGCCCAUGGACUUAACAAUUCAGUCCUGAUUCAGGAGCAGAUGCAUCUGCAACCCAUGAAUAUUGGGAUCAUUGCAGCUGGGUUUGUACAGGUAAAUACCAAUGCUGUUUUCUCCUGCUAUACUAAUUCAGUGAAGAAUAUUGUAAUGGCAAUGUGGCAAAUACCUGGCAGAGACAAAAGUUCCUGUAUUGUGGCCUACAGAUCAGAUACGAAUGAAAUCAAGAAAACAAACUGCUUUGAUGAGAGGAUAAUCUGGGAAUUUAUGCCUGAUUGGAAUUUUGUACUUCAGCUAGACCCAGUGAGCAUUGAAGAUGAUGGAUAUUACAAAUGUACUAUUGUAACCUCUGAUGGGAAUUUCCAAUCUGGUCAUCAGCUCAAUGUAUUAGUGCCUCCUGAAAUAGCCUUGACUGCAGAUGGAAAUGGGUCUGCUGUAUGUGAAGCUUCUGCUGGAAAGCCACCUGCCCAGAUCUCCUGGAUCCCAGAGGGAUAUUGCUACAGUGUGAAUGAAACUCAUGGCAACAGGACAGUGACUAUGAGAAGUAUAUGUCAUUGGAAUGGACUCAAUGAAACUAAGGUGACCUGCUUCAUCUCCCAUUUGACUGGGAACAAGAGUCUAUCCAUAGAACUUCUACCCCAUUGUCUCAAGCAUUCUGCCCUAUUGCCAUUCUACAUAAGCCUUUGUGUUCUCUUGAGCUUAAUGAUCAUCAUGGGAUUCAUCCUCAUUUGGAAAGCUAAUUGCUGCAGGAUCCAUGAGUCCCAAAGGUCAUCGUUUACUCCAAAUGUAAAUAUGGAAGAGGAAACUUAUGAAAAUUACCUAACGACUCUACACUCUGGUCAUGAAAAUAAAAAUUGACUUUGAAGACACCACAUGAAGAUCUAUAUCCUGAUCCAUAUUUUUUUUCAAUCCUGUCAGCUCAUUGAACAAGGAUUUGUGAAGAAAGAAUUGAAUUGAAAAUAUUAUUUCUAACCUGCCUACAAUUCUCCUCUUUCUCUCCUUUGCAUUUACCUAACCAGAGAAGAAAAAGUGAUGUUGAAGCAGGUUGUGGUCCCUUUAAGAAACUGUAUUUCCUAUGGAUCUGUGAUUCCUUCAGAUUCCCAGCCCCCUCCUGGCCAAGGCAUAUCUUCCCCAGACAAAUUGUCUUUUCAGGAUACCAGAACCUUUGAUUCAAUUACAAAUCCUGGUCAAAAAACAUCCCUUUGAAUUCCAAUAGGUGAUCUGGGCUUGUCCCAGCCCCCAUUCUGACUUGCUUGGGCUGCCCAGCCUCCACUGGUUCUGAUCUGUUCUGGUUGUCCCAGCCCUCACCAAGACACCCAAUAUAAUAAGCUUCCAUCAACUAAAGUCUUUGCAGAUGGACGUUGGUAGCUUCCUUUUUACUGCCAAGACCUUCUAUCCACUGAGAACUGCAUUCUCAGUGCAAAACUCCAUUUUCCAUAAAUCUGCCACUAUAGAAGUCAGUCUCUUGGUAAACUGAUUAAUAUCUAACAAUAAAUUUUCAUUUUUGCAACUAA